AUGCACAGCCCCAUCGCAGCCGCGGCGGCCUUGGUCCUCUGCGCUGCCGGCCUGGCAGCCGGCCGGCCCGCAGCCCAAGCCAUCGGGCCAUGCACCACGCUCUCGCAAUCGGCAACAAAGUGGGACGUGGUCGAUCUGGGCCUCAGCGCCUCCUACGACUCCAACAGCGGCGGCGACACCUCAGAAAGCUCGGACGACGGGGCGAACGCGGCCUCCAUCAGCUUCCAGCUGGCCAACGCCGCUGUCGCGUACCGGGCCAACUGCAGCGCGCAGUCCACCGAUGUGGCGUCCGACUUCUUCGACGGCAAGCAAGAGUAUAGCUGCAGCGUGCCCGCGGAUGCCAAGGGCCUCGGCGACAAGGCGACGUUUACCUUUUCGCGGCGGACGGGCCGGCUCAGCAUCAAGCAGAUGUGGAGAUGCGCCAAGGACUUGUCGGGCUUCAAAGCCGAGGGCGGCGUGGCGCUCAACCUCACCUGCGGCGACGCGCCAGCGAGCAGGGCCAAUCCUCCGCCUGUAAGGACACAGGCGCCGACGGCGGUGAAGGCCCCUUGCCAUAGGAACUCGACGGUAUCCGUACCGAUGGAGAGUCUAGGCGGGUUCGCUUGA